AGUGCCUGAAGGCAGCACAGAGGACUCCCGACUUGGCAGUCCACUACGCAUGUGUGUUAAUUCCUGCAGUCUAGAGGGAGACAUGGCGGCGUCUCUGCUCUGCGGCCGUUUGACGGCUAGCCUGAGAAACUCAGGUGCCAGAAACACUAUCAGCUCCGCUUCCAAGGUCCUCGGUGCUUCCUCAGGUUUGUUUGGAAGCCAUGUACCCCAACAGCAGCAGCAGCAGCAGCAGCAGCAGAGGAACCUCUCCAUACACGAGUACAUGAGCAUUGGGCUGCUGAAAGAGGCCGGCAUCUCUGUGCCCGCUGGCAUGGUGGCCAGCUCCUCGGAGGAGGCCUACGCCGUGGCCAAGCAGAUCGGUUCAAAGGACCUGGUGGUGAAAGCUCAGGUGCUGGCUGGUGGCAGAGGGAAGGGGACAUUCGAGGGCGGACUGAAGGGAGGAGUGAAGAUCGUCUACUCACCAGAGGAGGCCCGUGACAUUUCAUCCCAGAUGAUUGGUCGAAAGCUGUACACCAAGCAGACUGGGGAGGCCGGUCGCAUCUGCAACCAGGUGUUCAUCUGUGAGCGCAGGUAUCCACGCAGAGAGUACUACUUCGCCAUCACCAUGGAGAGGUCCUACCAGGGUCCUGUGCUGAUUGGCAGCUCGCACGGUGGCGUGAACAUCGAAGAUGUUGCAGCCGAAAAUCCAGACGCCAUUGUGAAGGAGCCCAUUGACAUUGUGGGGGGUAUUGAAAUGGAGCAGGCUGUCAAGGUGGCUGAGAAGAUGGGCUUCCCGCCGGCACUGGUGAGCGAGGCAGCAGAGAUCAUGAUCAAACUGUACAAUCUGUUCAUCAAGUACGACGCGUCCAUGGUGGAGAUCAACCCCAUGGUGGAGGACUCCUCUGGCAUCGUGAUGUGCAUGGAUGCCAAGAUCAACUUUGACUCCAACGCAGCGUACCGCCAGAAGAAUGUGUUCAAAAUGCGGGACUGGACCCAGGAGGAUCCCCGAGACCGGCAGGCCGCCAAGGCUGACCUCAACUACAUUGGUCUGGAUGGAACCAUUGGCUGCCUGGUGAACGGAGCAGGUCUGGCCAUGGCCACCAUGGACAUCAUCAAGCUCCAUGGUGGCACGCCAGCCAACUUCCUUGAUGUUGGAGGAGGCGCCACAGCUCAUCAGGUGACCGAGGCCUUCAAACUCAUCACCUCCGACAGAAAGGUGCAGGCCAUCCUCGUCAACAUCUUUGGAGGCAUCAUGAGGUGUGACAUCAUCGCCCAGGGCAUCAUCAUGGCUGUGAGAGACCUGGACCUCAAGAUCCCCAUCGUAGUGCGGUUACAAGGGACGAGAGUGGAUGACGCCAAAGCUCUGAUCGCUGCCAGUCCACUGAAAAUCCUGGCUUGUGACGAUCUGGAUGAAGCUGCCAAAAUGGUGGUGAAGCUGUCUGAGAUCAUCUCGCUGGCUAAGGAGGCUCAGGUGGACAUCACCUUCCAGCUGCCCAUCUAAUGAACAUCUGUGAGCUCCUCCCUGGACGUGCCCUCCUUUCCACCGCUAAACCUUACGGAGACGACCUCGGACACCUAGUUUCCUCCGCCUGUGGCAUGAUGGCAGCCUCUUGUUGGUCACAGCGGGAUCUCCUGGCUCAAAUGACGCCUCCCUCCAUGUUUCCUCUAACUUAUGUUGCACUAGAGUCGAUACGCACAAACCUCCACCUUCUUAACGGCCUUCACCCUGAUAAAAAAACCAAAACAGACCAGCUGAAGCAUUUUCCAGUUUGAUUUCAGGUUCACAGACUGAAGAAGCUGCUGUCACUCACACGAUUGUCUUCGGUGGCAUCAACUUUCUCCCUAUGAACCGAACAGUAAACAACGCAGCGGUGAUCUGAUAAGUGGUCUGAUACAGAAGCUGUGACAUUUCUGUCCCUCCCGUAGGCAGAGACCGCUCACUCCUGGGCACAGGGCCUCCAGCGCCAACAGUUAAUUAAAUAAGAUGGAUUCAGACUCAUUGUCUAGUGUCUGGAGGGUGUUUAGCAGUGGCUCCCAAAACUAAUUCAAUUCCAAGAUGCUCAGUGUUUAUUUUACAGUACCUGAGCUACUACUCAGGUACGUGUGUGUGUGUGUGUGUGUGUGUGUGCGCAGCUGGUUAUUUUACAGUACCUGAGCUACUACUCAGGUGUGUGCGCGUGCGCGCAGCUGGUAUGGUUUUCACUUCACUCAGCAGUCACUAGCAGGUUUGUACAGCUACAGAAACCACAUCGUGCAGAGGGAAUGUCUGGUGUUCACUGCUUCAGUCUGGGAGUUUCUGAUGAAAACAAUAAAACCUUAAUAACAACAGAUUUGAAACUGGAUCAAAGUCGAUUAGAGGCUCAGGGUGUAGCAGCUGACCUCAGCAGGCAUCAACACUGUUCACCCUCAGUGCUGGCUGCCAUAUUAGUCUGGACACCUGUGGACUCAGGUGUUCUGAUCGAUGCAGGGACGUGUGCCAAUAUCGAUGAACACUUCAGGAGUCUCGGCUGCAGCGAAGCUCCCAUGUGGCCAUGUUGAACAGAUGUGAUGCAUCUCGGUUCAUUUCUUCAGAGUAACUCCAAUGAAUUAAUCGGCAUUCUCCUGGUCAGGACCAGCUGAGUCGGCCCAACGUAAUCAUUUAGCACCGUGUAGUUUCCUGCAUCAGUUUGCUUCCACUGUCUCUCGCUCUGAUGAAUUUAAGAAACAGAUGCUCAUCUCAUUCUUCCCUGGUGAUGAUUGGCACAUGUGCAUCUUCUUCCCGCCUUGUCACUGUCAUUCUGAAGUGUGGCCCAGUCCUGCUGCUUUACUCUGGUCACUAACAGACUUCACGCUUCAGACUGGACAUCUGAAGAGCAGGCUGUUGUUCAUGACAUUUUUCCCAGACAUUUGAACCCCAACUUGUUUCCAUCCAAAGCCUAAAGCUGAUGACCUGGACUCCGACCAUCACUGUGGAAGUCCCAGGUUCACUGAGCUGCUGCAGCACUGUGGGCUUUUCCUUCCUUUGGCUGUUGAACGUUCAUGGACAGUUGGCUGCUGCAGAUAUGUGUGUCUGAGUUAGUUCUACUGUAUCACUGUCGUGGACCGGCUGGUUGCUUCAGUGCUGAACAGGGACUUCUACAGUCUGCCAUCAUGCCACAGGACAGUAGCCAUUUCCUCUGUGUUUGUUCGUUUUUGUUGCUGACAGGGCUCCGGCCUGACAUGACUGUAGUUUUCUUUCCCCUUCUAUCUCCUCCUCCAGCAUACCGAACACAAGCCCACAUUGUGAGUUGUAUGUCGUUUAUUAUAUCUUGUAAAUAACUGAUGUUCUCGCUCUGUAAAAUAUUUAUGCUCCACUUAGGGAGCACAACAAAGAAGGAAACCAAUAAAAACAGAGGACACA